AUGAAGGAUGUCUUCGAUAUGAGCAAAUGGCAUAAGUCCACAGGCAUCUUCCGAAGCCCUCCACUGAAGGAUCCACUGAGACCCAACAGCUUCCCAGCAGUUACUAUACAUGAGAAACAAGAUGUACUAGUCCAUAAUCUUCUCCAAAACUUGGCUGAGGCAGGAGACAUACUGCUGGACUCCCCAGCAGUCCCCACCACUAGUCUCUAUUUCCCAGAUAUAACAAUGGCACAGGUGGAGGAGUCAGUACUUCAGGCAGGAAACACAGCCCCUGGCUCAGACGAAAUCCCAACCUGCAUACUCAAAGUGGCAUGGCCUCUGAUCAAGGACAAGACCAAUCGCUCUCCUAUUAGUACUUGGCAAAGGACUGGAGCGCUUGGUGGCACGGAAUAUGGCAUGGAUCUCUAUAUACUACAAAGUAUUAGUAAGGCAACAAUUUAG